UAAAACUAGGGUUUCAAAACUAGAGCCUUUUGUUCUUUCUCACUCAAAAUUUUGCUUCACAAGAACGAAACGCAGAACUCGACGAUUUCGUUCGUUCUUCACCUCACAAUCUUUCACCAUGAGCAGGUCAGGGCAACCCCCGGAUUUGAAGAAAUACAUGGACAAGAAUCUUCAGAUCAAGCUGAAUGCAAAUCGGAUGAUUAUUGGUACUCUCCGGGGCUUCGAUCAGUUUAUGAAUUUAGUUAUUGACAACACUGUGGAAGUGAAUGGCAAUGAGAAAAAUGAUAUAGGGAUGGUGGUAAUCAGAGGAAAUAGUGUGGUCACUGUGGAGGCACUUGAACCUGUGACCAAGAAUUGAGUUCUGUUUGAUGUAAACAAUUCGAAGUAUAUUUCUUGGUUUAAACUGUGUGUAUGUGAACUAUGUAGCUGCUGAGAGUAACAUGUAGUGUUGCACUUUCAAGUUGUUGCUACUCUAAAGUGAAGGCUUCUUCCUUCGUUUAGCUGAUACUUGCCCUGUUGCUCUAACAUUCUCAUUUUGCUCUACAUCAAAUGAUUUGGUUUUUGGAAGAUCAAA